UAUUUUGACUUUUAUCGAAGCUCAAGGUCACGUCAUACGUCACUUAGUGUAGUGUUUUUGGUAGUAUUUUUAAAAUAAUAAUUAUUAGCCUAAGUUUUAUAUAUAGUAUUUCUUCGUAAAUGAAUCAAAAAUUUUUGCGGUAAUGGACGAAUAACCCAGCUGACAUGCCUAGCAGCACGCCAAGGAAAUUUUCUUUAUACAAAAUUUAAGGUCAGUAGUGGAAAAAUAAUCUAAAUUUUUAAAAAAAUUAAAGGUCGACAAAAUGAACAGCAAAAAUCGCGAAAACAUUGUCGAAAUUUGUUCAUUACUUGCUCAGCAAGAAAAUCUUAGAGUUACUUUAAUCGAAUCCGGAAAAGGCGCCCUUAUAGCUGGGUUUGGUGCAUUUUUUGGGGGUUUAUUGGCUGGACCCCCAGGAUUAGCCAUCGGAGGUGUAGUUUCAUCAAUUGGAGCUGCUUGGUAUGGUCAAGGGACAUAUAAAUCUGUAGCACAAGUUAUCAGUGAAAUGUCAUCAAACCAAAGGCGAGCUCUAGCUGAAGCAGUUACAAAGGCUAUUGAAAAGACAAAGCCCCAAGAUUUUGUUGGUGCUUUAUCACUGAUUCUCACUAGCGCUUCCCUCAAAGAUGUAGUAAUUGCAGAACUAGGGUCUUUUUUAAUGCGAGAAAUGCAGUUGCAAAUGGUUAAACAAUGAGUCGGCGUAUCGUAUCCUAUUAAAUAGUGUUUAUAGAUCUAUAUUUUAUUGUGAUUAUUAGUAAUUUCUGUGAUUAUAUUAUUAAAUUAUGGCACUUGUUACAAUGAAA